UUAAAAUUGUGACAAUUAGCGUUACUUCAAAACGUAGGUCGUAUGGCCGCAAUUCAAAGCAAGCACAUUUUCAUAACCGUGCGCACGCUCUUUGGUGCAUUUUGGCACGUUUUUUCAAGACUGUGUGUGUGACAUGAUGACGCUGUGCGCGUGACGCUGUCACGGCAUCCUUCGCACGUGCCCCCAGAAAGUGAGUUUGUCGGUUUGUUGCUCGCUGUUUCUCUCAUCAUGUUAUGCUGUUGUGAGUUGUUGGUCGAUCCACUUUUCCCCGUUUUUUCGAUGACAGCGCUUUAGAGUUUUAUUUGAAAAAUUCCUAAACUCUUCACAGCUUUUGUCGCGCUGAUUAACUUGGAAUUUCAGGUUAUCCUUGGAGACAUCCGACGAAGUUGUUUUUGAAAUCAGGGUUCCAGUUUAAAUUAUGAUUAGUUCUGAAGGGGCCGUUAUGUCAAGGAAUGAUAUGGUGACGCUUGAGAGCAUAAUACAGAAAGGCAGCGUGGGAACGGAUCAUAAGCAGCUUCAGAGUGCUAUACUGCAACUGAUGAAAAAUAACAGCAGUGCAGAUGAGGACACCUCAGUCAAUCGCAGCACAGAUGAACAGGGUGUUGAAUCGGCAAAGACAAGACACGUAGAAUCAAGUCUUGAACAUGCCAGUGGUGAUGUGAGGGUACAUAAUCCUAACCAAAUGGUGUAUCGACGCAGUCAUUCCUACCCUGAGUUGUCACAUUUUCUCACUGCUUCAGAGUCGGAUGUAAAUGAUGAUGAUGUCUUUCUUCCUUCCCACAUCAAAACAAGAACAAUGUCAACAAGGGAGCUGAACCGCUGGAGACUGACCCUGUUUUCAGUGUUUGUUGGUCGUCUUCCAUAUGAUAUUACAAAGAGGGAACUAGCCCAACUGUUUGAUCAAAUUGGACCUGUUCAAGAUCUGCACAUAGCUCCACGAGAAGGUUCAAUGAGCUAUACGUAUGGGUUUGUACGCUUUUUGACACUAGAGGAGGCAAAUGAGGCUGUGACACAACUACAUGGCAGAGUUCUUGGUAACAGACACAUUACUGUGGAACUAUCCCAAGAGACUCGAAGAGUGCAUGGUACAUCUGCUGACGAGCUGCCAAAUAAUAGACGAGAUAAACUUAUAAGAAGGGAGUACCCCUCAGUACGUCAUUUAGAUGGAAACAGUGAAGAAGCUGCCAUCCAGCAGAAAUUACUCCACUCCACUGCACAGCUGAAGGCAUGCUAUGAACAACAAGACUCUAAUGGAACAGCCUUGUUGAGCAAAUUAGAAAACAUUUUGAAAAAGGUCCGUUGUGUUCCCGGAGAAACCCUUGGUACCCCAGUUGCUGAUGAAGGAAAAUUUUGUGUUUUCCCCAGAAUAACAAGAGCUGGACACCUGAAUGCACAACUGCAACCAACUGUACAAGCUGCCACCUUGCUGCAUUCACACAAUGGUCCAUCAGUAAGCUUUUCACCUGUGCACACGAAGCCUGUAGUCACAUCUACACCCUACUCUGGGUCUGAUCUCAGCUCGCCAAAUGAAAAUAAUGGACAGCAAAUAACCUUGCCCCAUUCUAACACUAUAUCAGGGGUCCCCUCGCAUCAUUCCUACCCUGGAUCUGCAAUGAUUCCACCCCAUGGUCACACUGCGUUGACAGUCACCUCACCCCACGUAGAGAAUGGACCACAAGACACCUUACCCCAUAGAAAUAGUGGACCCCAAGUCACCCCACCCUAUGGCCACACUGCGCCUGUACUCACCUUACCCCAUGCAGAUAACGGGCCACAAGCCACUCCAUCCUAUGGGCACUCUGGAUCUGUACUCACCUUAUCCCAUGCAGAUAACGGGCCAAAAGCCACUCCACCCUAUGGGCACUCUGGAUCUGUACUCACCUUACCCCAUGCAGAUAACGGGCCAAAAGCCACUCCACCCCAUGGUCACACUGCGUUGACAGUCACCUCACCCCACGUAGAGAAUGGACCACAAGACACCUUACCCCAUAGAAAUAGUGGACCCCAAGUCACCCCACCCUAUGGGCACACUGCGCCUGUACUCACCUCACCCCAUGCAGAUAACGGACCACAAACCACUCCACCCGAUGGGCACUCUGGAUCUGUACUCACCUUACCCCAUGCAGAUAACGGACCACAAGUCUCCCCACUCCGUUCUAACACUGGAUCGAUGCUCCCCUCGGAUUAUGCUAACUCUCUGUCUGGACUGUCCUCGACCCAAAGCCACACUGCCCCGUCAGUCCUCUCACCCCAUGCAGAUAAUGGACAGCAAAUCACCCCACGCCAUGAGCACACCAGGUCUCCACUCAACUCGCCACAUGCAGACGCUGGACCACAAGUCACAUCACCUCAUGCUAACACUGUGCCAGUGGUCCCUUCCCAUUGUACCUACUCUGGGUCUGGACUCACUUUGCACCACAAAGAUAAUGGACCGCAAGUCACUACGCCUGACGCAGACAAAGGGCCCAAAAUCACCUUGCCCCAUGGUUACACUGAGCCUGCACUCGCCCAGGAUCAUACAUACUCUGGUUCCGGACUCUGCUCCCCUCAUGCAGUUAAUGGACCGCAUGUCACCUUAACCCAUGCUAACACUGUUCCAGUGGUCCCAUCCCAUCAAACCUACUCUGGUUCUGGACUCACCUCACCCAACGCAAUUAAUGGACCGCAAAUCACCUCCCCCAAUGAUUACAAUGAGUCGGUGGUCCACCAGCAACAUGCAGCCAAUGGGCGGGCAGUCACAUCACUGCACCCUUACUCUGGACCAGGAGCGCCACUUCCCCAUUCCGAAACAGCAGUAGCAUCACUCAAUAACCACAAUAGGUCGACAGUCACACCCUACCAUGAGCACAGCGGACCGGCAGUCACCUUGCCACAAAACUACACCACGACAGAGGCCACAAAACCCUAUUCUUACACUGGGUCGGCGGUCACAUUAUCACAUCAUUACACUGAGACGACAGUCACAUCACGGAAUGCUCACAUUGUGAUGCCACCCACCUUAGCUGAUGGCCAUAUUGGGCUUGCAGUUACAACUCCAACUGCACAAACUCGGUCGGCGAUCACCUCGCCUCAUGCUUACACUGUGUCAUCAGUCACUGCGCCGGCAGCCACAUCACCUAAUGGCUUCAGUGGUCCUGAAGUCAACUCGCCGAAUGCAAACACUGGACUAAAAAGUAUAUCACCCCAUGCUGAGUUUGGCCCAGCCAUCACCCCGACACAUGCAGACAAUUUGUUGACAAUCAACUUGCCUAGUGCUAAAUCUGGGCCGGAGAUAACAUCUCCACAAGCAUCCUCUAUUCUAACAGUCACUUCGACAAUGCCCAGACUGCCAGUGCCAAGUGAGAUGGUAGAGGCUAGAAGUUUACGGCUCGCCGCAACAGCGACCGGACCCUUGAUGUCAGGUGUGUCAGCGAAUAGUUCCCCUCAGAGUGAUGUGCAUGAAGAGAAGGUGAAGAAUCUCUCGGAGGAUAAACCAAGUGCAACAUCACAUAGGAACAGCCAGGGUGAUAAGGUACCUGCAGGCUUCGGACGUGGCGGAAGAGUAAGCCCCCCUGUAGAUAUUUAUCGACCAGUAAAACAGUUCGGCAGAGGCUCCUCCUUAAAUGCUUUACUGCUCACACAAAGGCGUAAAAAUCCCAACAACCCUAUAUAUCCUGAGUCCAGCAUAAAUGGGUCAGCUACCCCCGCCUUGUGUUCCCCUUGCAACAAGCAAAGCGAAGAAAACACUAACUUGAACUUAUGCCCAGCCUCGAACCCUAGAGGGAAAGGUACUGCUGUAAGACCGCCUUUACUCAAUAUACAGAACAGUGGCAAAACCAGCGAUCUUCCAGGCUCAACCACCGUACCGAGUCCCGUUCUCAAUGACAACAAGGCAGAGAGUGAGGCAAGGCAACCGAAAUGUAUGGGCCGUGGUAUGAAUAGGACCAAUAUUCUUCUAGAGAACUCACGACCUAGAAUGGAAAGUUAUACACUUCAGAGCACCUCAGAGCCUGGAAAAGCUGGAGCGCCAAUGAAUACCGUAAACCUGCAAAGUACGCCAAGUACUGGAGGUCAAAAGCUCCAUGGGCACCCUAGGAGUAUGAAUGUUUCUCCGCAGCCAUUACUCCCACAAGUACAUUUGAUGAACGCAACUUACCCAUUAGGAACGCCAGCACUUAACAACUCACAGUUAGCACGCAUUCGCCUUGGUUUAGCCAUAUUGAGCCAACAACAGAUGAUGCUCGGAGGGUAUGGACAGAACACCGGCCAAAGCGUCGUGGAAAAUGCUGCUAUUGGAAUCGAGACUUCACAAGACGGGGAUUUAGGUGCGUCACCAGUGUUAGAGGCAUCUGAGCUUGAAGCUUAUUUAAAGAGUUUCUACGAAGAUGCAAUCAAGGCUGGAUUUGUCAAAUCUGAGAAGACAACUAAAGAUUUAAGCUUUGGGAACUUGACGGGGGGGAAACCUGUGAGUGAAGGUGAAACCAUGGUUACGCCAGUAAGCAAAGAGGACGGCCAUUUUCAGGACACUCUUGCAUCUCCAGUCCCCUCCAAGGAACUUGGGAAUGCCGGCAACAGCCAUGCUCUGCAAUUGGAGGCUACCACAGUAAGAAAAACCACAUAUGCUGAGAACGGUGGCAAUGUCAAAAUGGAUACAGCAAAUGCUGAGAAAAGUGGCAAUUUCAAAAUGGAUACAGCAAAGUCAGAGAUCGGUGGCAAUUUCAAAAUGGAUACAGCAAAUGCAGAGAACGGUGUCGAUGUUUUAAAAACUAGUGCGAGCAUGGUUUUCAAUAAUGAACAGUUCUCUGCGACUUCACAAAUUAAGGGCACAGAGAAGGAUACAAGGAGAAUCCAUAUUCCAAACAAGGUGGAGUCUCCAGAGAAUGACUUAACAAAUGCAGUGAAUACCCAUAUAUUAAACAAUGCUGAUGCUUCAAUAAGAGACACAGCAGAAACAGUAACAGAUACACCAAUAAAAGAUACAGCAAUCGCUAAAAAGGGUAAAGCCCACGACUUUGUUGGCUCCCAGGACACUGUAAACUCAGACCUCUUAUAUAUACUCCAGCCUGCAGCCGACCAAGCUAGAAACGUUGUAGAUACAGGGGACUUAAAUAGACUACAUAAUGUGGCUUCCCAAGCUAUAGACUUGAUAAACGCUGAGAAUGUGGGCUUUACUAACGCUGUGGCUACUCUUAAUAGGAUCAAAGAUAACACAGAUGACUUCAAUGGGCUUCAGACUAUAGUUAUCCAAGCUAGGGACUCAGAAAAGGUUGAAUUAACCGACUCUUUAGCCUCACAAGCUGGUGAAUUCGCAAUCACAGAAAAAGUGCACAUAAACUCCGUUGCUCCUUCAGCUAGGACCAGAGUAAUAACAGAGGAAUAUAAGUUACCCAGCUCUAUGGUUAACAAAGGUAGAGGCUCAGAAAGUACAGACAAAGAGAAAAUGGCAGACCGUAGAGUUGCAUUAGAUUCUGCAGACGUCUUACCUGCUAAACCUAUGAGCGCAGUCAAGCCUGUUUUCAAUGUGGACAGCGAUGACAUCAGCCAUUCCGUGGAUAACUCCUCUAACAAGAAGCCAGGCAUAUAUGAUGAGAUUUAUCCUUCCAUAAAGAAAAGGUCUUCACAAGAUGAGUCGCUUGUCAAAAUGAAGACUGCUCUACGGAGCCUUCUGGAGGAUAACCAGCGACUUGAAAGAACUUUACCCAAACGCCGCAUUGAACCCGGAGCUGGUGGAAUGUACCCCAACGAAGAGAAGAGGAGACUAGAAGAAGCCAUUCACAAGUGCCAAGUCGAUUACCAGCGUGAAGUCGAAAUUAUCUUCACAAGAAAUGCAGAGUUUGACUUACUGUGUGAGCGAGAGAAGCUUGCGGCUGGCUACGAUUCCACUGUUGUAAGCGAGAUACAAACAGAACUGGAACUAAAUCUGCUUAACAACGAGAUUAAACUUGCAGCCAUGGAAAACCAUCUGUUGAAUCUGCACCACCAGCUGUACCGCAUGCAGUAGCGAGUAAGACUGUCGACGUAUUUCACACAACUAAUCAAUAGCUGAUGCACUACCCAGUGAAGGGGACCACGUGAUUGUAUCAGAAACCACUAGACUAUCCAAUGCUUUGAGUGGCUAAGUGGACCACGUGAUUGUAUCUAGACUACCUAGUGCUGAUUGUGGCUCUAAAUGACCCACGUGGUUGUAACAAAAACCGCAAAACUAACCAGUAUUUUGAGUGGCUAUUAAUGGACCACGUGAUUGUAACAAAAACCGCUAAAUUAACCAGUGUGUUGAGUUGUUAUAAAUGGACCACGUGACUGUAUCAAGAGCUACUAGCCUACUCAGUGCUAUGAGUGGCUUUAAAUAGACCACGUGAUUUUAUCAGGAGCUUCUAAGCCCACCAAGUGCAAAUGGCGUCUAUUGAUUGACACGUGCCGGUAACAGGGGCUAGACUUCCAUGUUUUAAGCCAAAUGGUAUCUUUAAAUGGACCACGUGACUGUAUCGGCCGCUACUCCAGAUCCUAGUCGGAACUGCUAAGCUUAACAUCGAUUGUUAUUUUGAAAGUAAAAGACCUUAUUGUUAUCGUGAGCAGCGCCAAACUUGUCAGACCUUUGCUUAAAGUAUUCAAUAAAGAGGGGGACCUGAGUAAGGACAUUAGGACUACGAAAUCAGAAUGUGUAGUCCCAGAAAAUAUCCAUACCCCCCCCCCCCCCCACCUCUCUGGAAUUUCCAGCCCCCUGGAAAAAAAAAUAAAUACAGUUAGUGUUAAGGAAAAAGGGCAUUUUACCCCCCCCCCCUCCCCUCUGGAAAUUCCAGGGCGUUUGAACCCCCACCCCCCACCCCCCCCCCCCCGAAAUUUCCAAUCCUCCCCUUCAUGUUGGGGUAUGGAUAUUUUCUCUGGAACUACACAUUAUUACUCUAUCUAAAGAUUCUUCAGGACUACAUUUUUCUCUUGUUAAACUGUUCUGAUGUUCUCAUACAAAAUUAAAGAUCCCUCAAUUAAACCAUAGUUGAUUAAACGUUCCUUAUAUCGAUAUGACGUUGUUUUCUUAGUGCCCUUUGUUAGUGUGGCUUGGUUUUUAAUGCCGAAGACACAAUUCUUUAUACACGGAGCGUUCAAUUAUAUUGUUAUUCAUCUACUUAAACUCAACACUACUUGUGGCAGCGGUUAUAAAAAGGACACAGUGCUUUCACAAUAUACGUCCAUUAUUUUUUUGUAUGUUGGAACAUGUCCCGUUAUGAAUCAUUUUUGUUAUACUCUGGAAUACUGGAGAAAGUUAUGUAUACUGAAAUAUAAAAAAAUAUAUUAAAUUAUGUUUCUGUUGAACCGCCGUUGCGGUAUUAUGGGUAAAAUCGAAAAUGUUAAAAUUUGUUUAUUGAUACCUUGAAAUGAGUUACGUCUGUAAAACCAUACUUAAGGUGAAUAAAAAGGUUUGAAGAUACUGUUAAGAGAAAA